GGACACGCCCUUAACUUUGGAAACGGUGCAGUGGGUUCGCCUGCUUCCCUUCAGCUGCACAUCACACAGAAGCGGCUGUAAUCGGAAUCAAUUUAUUUGUCCCUUUUCCUCGUCUCUUUCCACUGUGGUGACGUCAGUCGUCGCGUGGAGCGCAGUCAGCCGCGUUUAGCUCCCUGCGGUGCGGAGGAGACAGAGGGAAAUCCUCCUGCCGGAGAGCGGACACACCUCGGGAUGGAUGCGCUGAAAUCUGCCGGCAGAGCCAUCAUUAAGAGCCCCGGCGUCCCGCGACACACCUGGGGAACUUCAAAGCAUGAAAAGCUGCCAGAAAACUGGACAGACACAAAGGAGACCCUGCUGGAAGGGAUGGUGUUCAACGUUAAGUACCUUGGUAUGACUCUGGUGGGACAACCUAAAGGAGAGGAAAUGGCCUCAGCUGCCAUUCGAAGAAUUGUUGCAAUGGCCAGAGCCAGCGCCAAGAAGUUUCGGAAGGUAACCCUGACAGUGUCUCCAAAGGGCAUAAUCAUCACAGACACAGAGACUGCAGAUCUGAUUGAGAAUGUCUCUAUAUACAGAAUCUCAUACUGCACCGCAGAUAAAACUCAGGACAAGGUCUUUGCUUAUGUUUCCCAAAGCCAGUUUAAUGAGACUCUUGAGUGUCAUGCAUUUCUCUGCCAAAAAAGAAAAAUUGCUCAGGCUGUAACCUUAACAGUAGCUCAGGCAUUUAAAGUAGCACUAGAUCUUUGGGAAAUUGCUCAGGAAGACAAAAACAAGAAGGCGAGGACCUGCUGUUCCUGUGCAGCCAGUGACGGCCAGAUGGAGACGACAGAAACACAGUGUGUUCCAGGAGCUUCCAUUCCACACCUGCCAUCCCCCUCACAUCCAGCAGCACAUAAGCCCAGUGGGAUAGAGGAGAAGCCCCGCAGGCCCUUAUUCUCAGCUUCUCUCAGCUCACCAUUGCCUCGCAGUAACCCCACCAGGAGACGGCCGAUUAAACAUGACUCUUGGGAUGUGGAGGAUGGUUUCGAUGAUGUCUUUUCAAGCAAUAUGGAGGUAGACGAAGCAGAUACUGAUUGGCCGAGCCCCACUCCAAACCCGUCUCUGACAAUGCAGCUCUGAGUCUGUGGGAGGUCUCAGAUGAAAGACUGUUGCCUUUUGACAAUAAUUAUUUUCAAUAACACCAGCUGGCAGUAGCUGCCCAUCAUACAGCAUUAUAAAAAAAAUAACAGAAAGCACACACUGGUGCUCUAGACCGAAAAAAACAACAGAAACUGCAUAAACUCAGCAGGGAAGCCAAGAAACAUUAACUGUUAUUGUAAAGGAUCUAAAACCUGAACCCGGCUUAAAAGGUAAACAGCCAUCAAUGAUGCAGAUGUUUGCAAAAAAUUACCUGGUAAAAUAUGGGUCGCUUAGCAAGCAGCACAGAAAUGCUUUAGAUGCAAGAGUUACUAAAUAUCUACACUGUAAAAUCCCCAAAGAGAUUCAGAGUGAGAUCACAGAAAUAGUUGCAUAAAAGCUAUAUUUAGUUAAACAGACGUGUUUUGGGAAAAGCUCUUUGAUAUUGUAGAUAUUCUGCCAACUUCUCUGAAAGGAGUCCAACUUUUUAAACAUUAAAUGCUGUACAGUGAAUACAAGUCUCAAGAAACAAACGAGUCAUGUUUGUCUAUUGCCAUGCAAUCUUAUAUAAUUUUUUUUUAUAAUUUAUUUUUAGUUAUUUACUUAUAUCUUUUAUAUUAUCAUUUAAAUAUAUAUUUUUUAUUUGCUCAUUAGAUUUAAACAUUUCUCCGAACAGAUGUGAAAGAUUUUUCCAGUUCUUGUGCUAAACCAAAGUUUGUUUUAGAUAAAGUCUUGAACUUAUUCCAAUAAAGAAAUGUGAAAACCAUAUUUAUUUUUCCGUAGUUGGAAAGCCACCGCAGAGCCAUGUCAAUGUGUUAUUUCUAUUAUUUAUUGCAUCAUGUUGUUACCCAAAUUCUGUUGAGUGUAGUAAUUUUGUUAGGGAUCACAGUGUGAGGAAAGAGCUCAUCUACAUUAAUGUUACCCUAGCCUUCUUCAUUAAUGAGCUCUGAUAUGUCACACAGACUGAUUAGUUACAGCUUGUGCUGCAUGCUUUUGGUUAUUUACAAUUUUGGAUAGUGCAUUAAGAUUUUAGCCAAAACGUUCUUCUAAUUCUAAUGCAUAGUGCCAACUACUUGGAGCAUUUUAACAGAAUAAGAAGUUCUGUAGUUUAAAUUCUGGGGUUUAUUUUAAACAUCAUUUAAGUGGGUCUUUACACUGCAAAAAAACUUAAUCCAAAUAAGUUUUUUUUCUUAAAUUAGGUGAUUUUUUUCUUGAAUUAAUAAGG